CAUGCGUGGAGUGUGUGCGUGCCUACCAAACACACGACGCGCACCGUCAUCUCGCACGCGACGCGUUUCGAAGCAUUCAAGGACGCGCGGUGGUACGCGAUCGUCGCGGAUGCGCCGCUAAAUUCCGAGUGGAGAAGACCGUGAACGCACCUUGCGUCCAGCAGCAGCAGCAGCAGCAGUCAUGGGGGCCCAGAUGACCAGACACUAUAAUCUCAUGCACGGACCGGUUCCCAUCACGUCUCUUCCGUCCGGCUCACUCUAUCACAAGCACAGCUGUGACUGUUCGGUUCCCGUCAUGGCUCUGCCAUGCACUUCGCACCGCCACAUCAAGUCGGUACACUGCCCGGGUCCUAGCUUCACUGUGUCAGCGGCCUCAAACCACAGCAAGCAGCUAUGCCUGCCGGCCUAUCAGCCGUGGGUCCCCCUCAACGAGCCCCCUCUGCUCUUCCACCCGACGGCGAAGGGCUCGCAGAUCGUCAUGGACGAGUCGGAGAGAAGCGUCAUCAGGAGGGCCAGCUUCUGCAACGGCAUCGUCUUUAGCAACAGAUGCGUUGCUGUUAACGAGGUGGUCCGGCUGAAGAUCACGCAUACCAACUACGUCUGGCAGGGUGCUCUACGCAUUGGUUUUACAACCAAAGACCCGUCCAGGAUGAACCCCAAAAGCCUGCCCAGGUAUUCUUGUCCCGAUCUGGCUUCUAAGUUCGGUUUCUGGGCAAAACCCUUGCCAGAGGAUCUUCUCUGUGCCGAGACUGUCAUUUCCUUCUGGGUGAACAAGAAGGGUCGGGUGCUCUACCGGAUCAACGCACGCAACCCCAAACGGUUAUUCAGGCAGGUUAACUCCUUCCUUCCAUUGUGGGCUCUCGUUGACGUCUACGGAAAGACCAGGGGAGUCCAGCUUCUCGACAGUGAGACACUACCAACGGAUGUGUCAAAGGUCAGUUCUAUCUCUUCCCGAAUGAUGUACCAGACAGAAAAGAUGCGUAAACGGCAACAUUUGAUGCCCAAGUUUGAGCUGUACGAAGAGGACCAGGAUGAUGACAACCACGACGAGCAACAGUGGGCUGGCCACAUUCCCCAAAACACUCAAAACUUGCGACUGUGCUCAGUGCUCCCCAAGUACCAGGACGACGAGCUGUGCGUUCACUUUAAGCACGGCGAGCACGUGCACGUGACGGAUCCUCACACGGUGGUGACGCUGAAGCAUGAGGGCCCGAACAAGACGCUGAUCUUCACCAAUCGGCCUUUGGAGUACUCCGAGAGCGUCUUCGUGAUGGUGCAGACCGCCGGGCCGGGUUCGAUGGCUUACGGUGUGACAGCCUGCGACCCGGCCACGCUGGAGUCCCAAGACCUGCCGAGCGACCUCACGUGGCUGCUGGACCGCAUGGAGUUCUGGGCCCUCGGGCAUCUGUCUGCGCCACUGUCGGACGAAGAGAUCCUGGGCUUCGAGGUGAACGCUGACGGCGAAGUCAUCAUCAGCAGCAAUGGCGUCAACCUCGGGGUGCAGCUGUGCGUGGACAACACCAGACCGCUGUGGAUGUUCUUCGCUCCUCAAAAAAACAUCACGCAACUCAAGAUUUUUGGCUUGUCUUCACACUCAGAUGUCCAAGGACCCCCGGGAUCACCCUUGUCCCUAUCCAGCACGGCCACAGAGCCCAACAUUACCUCCGACAGACUCCUCAACCCUAGGCAGCCUUCCUUCACAGGCUCGGCUCUUCCCUCAGAGAACUUAGGCCGGUUGCUCCUGAGUUCACCCACAUCUACUCCCACGAAGCCCCACGCCAUUCCGUCUUACAAAAUGCACCUCCGCUUCAGCGCUCCUUCCCUCUCAGAUGCAGAGCAGAACGCUCCCCCGUCCAGCCCGCACUCUCCCAGCUACCCGCAAGUCACCGACGACUGCGCCAUUUGCUGCGACGACGCGGCCGACACGGCGCUGUACGACUGCGGACACCUGUGUCUGUGCUACAGGUGCGCCGUCAAGCUCAAGCAGGAUCAGGCAACCUGUCCCAUCUGCAGGAAGCCCAUCCGAGACGUCAUCAAAACUUACCGCAGUGCGUAGGGCAACGAUCGUUUUUCAGUGGAACAUUUCGUCUCGCCAUUGGAUUGUCAAGAUCAACUCAGGUUUUGUUCGAUUAGUAAAGUUCUAUACUACUUUUUGUGUUUGUGUGCUGGGCCCAAUCAGUUUUUGGAACCCUUCCGUUUGGCAGUGGCGGGUCUUGCAUUUGGUACCUGGUUCUUUAUUGAGGAUUUAGUCGACUUCUUAAUACAACCACUAUCACGUCACAAUUAUAGAAACCAUCAAUACGAUGCAAAAACACAAUAUAACAGCACACAACUGUGCCGUGUACAUCUUCUGGAGCUGUUCAGAAACAAUAUUUAUCGAAUAACAUGACGAAAAAAAAUGUGAUCAAAUAUACUCACCAAAGAUUUUGAUGAUUAAAUCUAUUGAAGGGUGCAGCUAGCUCUAGAUGUCUUUUGCUAGCGGAAGUUGGCGGUAAGUGGUUUUGCUCUGACUAACCAUCUCAGAGGAAGGAAAAAUGCUGACGUGAUUGAGGGCCAGCCCUGUGAAGACUCAUUUGCAAUCUGAUUGAAACGGUCCCAUUGCUAUUGUAGUAGAAGUUAGAUCGGCCAACGCUUCUGAUUCUGAAGGCCCUGGGCAGAUUAGAUCAACAUGGCAACACACGGAAGCUGAAAUCUGAUCGGACAAAACAAAAUCAAAAAAUCGACAUCCACAUAGAUCGACUGGAAACAGCGCAGUCAAGAGGAAGGCUACAAAAUUGUGAGAAUAGACUGUUGGUUAUAAAUGAAUACAAUUUCAUGGAACAAAAAUUGUAAAUGUAGGUCAGUGCUUCUGAUAGUGUUUAGGCCAGUGGAGAAGGACUGACCGCCCGCCACUGCCGUUUGGCUAGCACUUAAAGGGUGGAGUUUAAUAGCCAUGUGCCAUGAAGGAACACAAAAUUUCAGAUGUCCUCCAUUGUUCGUUGUUUACAGUGUCGCGUUGGUAUGGAAUGGACGUCACAUUAAUUGUGUACCAUUAGUCAACCGAGCCAAACUUGGCAGAAAAACAUCCGAUACGAGAUCAGAUGAAGUCAUGGGUGAAGUAGCGAAGACUUUUUUUAGCACUCUAAAAAAAAUGUUAUGUACAGCUUUUCAGGGAUUUUGGUUUUAGAUCAAAGCAGAACUACACCCCUUUCAAAAAGUUUGAGAUAUUGCGCUUUCAGGUAAAAUUUCAGGAUAAAAACAGAUACAGAGAGACUGGAAGAUUCACAUAAAGGCUUACAAGUGGACGUCCUUGGAAAUUUUCAUGGAUCAAACACCGGUUUUGAAUUUUGCCAAAGGUCAAAUUAAGUUCACCUGUAAAGGCUAUAGUGCAUUUUAGGUUUGUCCUGUAAUUUCACCUAAAAGCCUAAUAUUACACAUUUUUUAUGGUUCGUGUAUAUGUAAUCAAUGCUGGUGGAAGUAGUUGUUUUUUAAGGGGUAUAUACACUAUUGCCUGUGGCAGUUGUCCAGUACUGUAGGAUUUUUUUUUUUCUUCAUUUUAUAUCCAAUCCCAGAGAAAGUCCUCUUGACAAGUUAGUCUAAGGAUUAACACGUACAGUAUACCAAUGUGCUGUUGCGAUAAGCAGCAUUACAACUGGGUUAGCGGAUUACUUAGUUGGGGAAAUAAAAUUUUCAUUAAUUGUGGCGUUGCAAAAGAGAAUCGGAUCACAUUGAAAAGGAAAAAUAACAAAAGCAAUAUCGGGUGGGGAAUCUGAAUGGUUUGAAGGAACUUUGGACUGUAAAAAUAAUUAAGUUGGAAUAGUGCGAAAAUAAAGUCCUAAUAUUAUGAGAAAAAUAUGGUAAUGUUGCUUUUAAAAGAAGUUUUUUUUUCUUGUAAUUUUUGCAACUAUACAUAAAACAAAUUCAGUUUUUCUCAUAGUUUUUUCAUAAGAUAAUUUUUCGUCGCAUUAUUUAAAAUUUAUUCAGUAUAUUUCAACUUUUUCUGUUGUCAAUUUUUUCCAGUAAUAUUUAUUAAUACCUUAUGGUAAUGUAAUACUUAUAAUUUUAUUAUUGUUUUAAUUCUAAUAAUAUGACCAAAGUUAUAUUUGAAACAUUAUUUGCCAUUUUAUUUUAGAAUUUAUUUUCUAAUAUUUAUUUUCAUAAAAUACCUUUUCCUUUAAUAUUACAUCUUUAUUGUUUUACAGGAACUUUUUUUUUGUAAUGUUCCAACUUUAUUGGCAUAAAAUAUUGACUUUUUUUGUUUCAUCACUUGUUUUCUUGUCAUAUUAGUUUCUCUCAAAAGAUUUUUCCCUGUCAUACUCCAACUUUAUUCUCAUAAAAUGCUGACUUUUUUCUCGCAACAUUGCCACUUUGUUUUCAUAAAAUUAUUGUUUUUCUUGUAACAGUAGGACUUUAUCCUUACUAUACUAAAAAUGUCCUCCCCCCCACGCUCUCGGAAAAUUUUUACAUUCAUUAAUAAUUUGUUAUACUUCUGACAUUAUUUUUCUUUUCAAUGUGGCCGUAACUCCUCGCACCAAAUCAUUGUGUUGUUUAAGGCCAACUAUGAAUUUUGUGCAACAUUUUCUGCCACUUUAUUUUUUUAAUUAUUUUUUUUUAUUUAAGAAAACAUUUGAAUGCUAGGACAACAUAUGCCGCUGCUACGAUAAUAAGCAGCGAAAAGCCUGUCGAAGGUCAAAUGCGGUGUGAAGUACGCGGCUACCUGCUUUGUGUGCUCUUGAGAUGGUACGAGAGUGAGCCAACGAGCUGCUGUGGGCUCAAGGAGGACGCAAAUGAGCCAGGAAGUGGACUAAGGUCACCUUGCUGCGUUUAAAAACAAGCUUUAAAGCAUGUACGACUUUAUGUAAUUUGAUAACAAAACAAAAAAAAAAGAAAAA